CUGAAUGCGAGAAGGAGGGGCGCCGGGGUGACGGUGCGAGAGCUGCUGCCAGGGCCAGGGCCAGAGGCGGCGGCGGCGGCGGCAGUCGGGCCUGAGAAACAGUGAGCCAGAAGCCGGUCGGCUGCCGGACCUGCGGACUCGCCCUCAGGCCGAGCGCGCGGUUUCUGGCUGGGCGAAGAGACGCUGCAGAACCCCCGCGAGAAAGAUGUUCAACGUGGAGUCGGUGGAGCGGGUGGAGCUGUGCGAGAGCCUGCUUACUUGGAUCCAGACAUUUAAUGUGGAUACACCAUGCCAGACUGUGGAAGAUUUAACGAAUGGGGUUGUGAUGGCCCAGGUUCUUCAAAAGAUAGAUCCUGCAUAUUUUGAUGAAAAUUGGCUAAAUAGAAUCAAAACUGAAGUGGGAGAUAAUUGGAGACUAAAGAUUAGCAAUUUAAAGAAAAUUUUAAAAGGAAUUCUGGAUUACAAUCAUGAGAUUUUAGGACAGCAGAUUAAUGACUUUACUCUUCCUGAUGUGAACCUUAUUGGGGAGCAUUCUGAUGCAGCAGAGCUUGGAAGGAUGCUACAACUAAUUUUAGGUUGUGCUGUGAAUUGUGAACAGAAGCAAGAAUACAUUCAAGCCAUUAUGAUGAUGGAAGAAUCAGUUCAACAUGUUGUCAUGACAGCCAUUCAAGAGCUAAUGAGUAAAGAAUCUCCCGUGUCUUCUGGAAAUGAUGCCUAUGUUGACCUUGAUCGCCAGUUGAAGAAAACUACAGAGGAGCUAAAUGAAGCUUUGUCAGCAAAGGAAGAAAUUUCUCAGAGAUGCCAUGAAUUGGAUAUGCAGGUUGCAGCAUUGCAAGAGGAGAAGAGUAGUUUGUUAGCAGAGAAUCAGAUAUUAAUGGAAAGACUCAAUCAAUCUGAUUCUAUAGAAGAUCCCAAUAGUCCAGCAGGAAGAAGACACUUGCAGCUCCAAACUCAAUUAGAGCAGCUUCAAGAAGAAACAUUCAGACUAGAAGCAGCCAAAGAUGAUUAUCGAAUACGCUGUGAAGAAUUAGAAAAGGAAAUCUCUGAACUUCGGCAACAGAAUGAUGAACUAACCACUCUGGCAGAUGAAGCUCAAUCUUUAAAAGAUGAAAUAGAUGUUCUUAGACAUUCUUCUGAUAAAGUGUCUAAACUAGAAGGCCAAGUGGAAUCUUAUAAAAAGAAGUUGGAAGACCUCGGUGAUUUGAGACGACAGGUUAAACUCUUAGAAGAAAAGAAUACUAUGUAUAUGCAAAAUACUGUCAGUCUAGAGGAGGAGUUGAGGAAAGCCAAUGCAGCUCGAGGUCAACUUGAGACAUAUAAGAGACAGGUAGUAGAACUACAAAAUAGAUUAUCUGAAGAAUCAAAGAAAGCAGAUAAAUUGGAUUUUGAAUACAAGCGACUAAAAGAGAAAGUAGACAGUCUUCAAAAAGAAAAGGAUAGGCUAAGAACAGAAAGAGAUUCUCUGAAGGAAACUAUUGAAGAACUUCGUUGUGUACAGGCGCAAGAAGGGCAGCUUACCACUCAAGGUAAUCGGUUUUUAUUUUACUCCUUCAGGGAGAAACUUAUUCGGCUCCAACAUGAGAAUAAGAUGCUAAAAAUUCAUCAAGAGGGUUCAGACAAUGAAAAAAUUGCCUUAUUGCAGAGCCUUCUAGAUGAUGCAAACUUACGCAAGAAUGAACUGGAGACAGAGAAUAGGCUCGUGAAUCAAAGACUUCUAGAAGUGCAAUCACAAGUUGAAGAACUACAAAAAUCUUUACAGGAUCAAGGCUCUAAAGCAGAAGAUUCAAUACUUCUAAAAAAGAAGCUUGAAGAACAUCUAGAGAAGCUGCAUGAAGCCAAUAAUGAAUUACAGAAGAAGAGAGCCAUUAUCGAAGAUCUUGAACCAAGAUUUAAUAACAGCUCCUUAAAAAUUGAAGAAUUACAAGAAGCUUUACGGAAGAAAGAAGAAGAAAUGAAGCAAAUGGAAGAACGAUAUAAAAAAUACUUAGAGAAAGCCAAAAGUGUUAUCCGGACUUUAGAUCCUAAACAGAAUCAAGGAGCAGCACCAGAAAUACAAGCUCUUAAAAAUCAACUCCAGGAACGAGAGCGGCUGUUCCAUUCAUUAGAGAAAGAAUAUGAGAAAACGAAGAGUCAAAGAGAGAUGGAAGAGAAAUACAUAGUUAGUGCCUGGUACAAUAUGGGAAUGACUCUGCAUAAAAAGGCAGCUGAAGAUAGACUGGCUAGCACAGGUUCAGGGCAGUCAUUUUUAGCUAGACAAAGACAAGCCACCAGCGCAAGAAGAUCCUACCCAGGCCAUGUCCAACCAGCAACAGCAAGGUAGAGAAGCCGGAAAUAACCUGCAUCAAAGCAUACUUGUGUCACAUAUAGCAACAUUUCAGGAAGUUCACCAAAAGUCAAUAAUUAAUGUUGCUCAUUGGAGGGCUUUCUCUCUGUCUUAUAUCUUUGUUUCAGUUUCUUUGUCCUUUAUUUUGUAGUCCUUUCAGUUCCUUUUAAUGUGCCAAAAAUUUGUAAAUGUACAAUUUUAAGUAUUGUAUAAUAGUGUAAUACUUUACUUUGUAUGAAUAUGUCCUUUUCCCCAAUGGUGUAGGCUUUGUUAUGAAUUAGAUUUUCUGCCAAUAAUUGAUACACACUUUGUAUUCUUUAUUGUGCCUAUGUGUUAUCAUGCUUUAUAUGAAUGUCUGUUUGAAGGGAAUUUAAUCUUUUUAUGAUAUUAGUCUAUUUUCAAUUGUUUUCCAGAUGCUCUUCAAAUAACAUACAUACUACAAAAAGUGGUUAGCAAGCGCACUUUUUGCAGAAACUUAAAUACAGUGACAGAAGUGCUAAUCAAAUCUCCUAAGGCACCUAGGGGAAUGAUUUAGAGGGAGAAAAAUGGUUUUCACAUUGUUUUAUAGGAAAUUAAAUUUGUUUGAAUAUUUAGAGACAAUUUGUAAAAACAUAAACAGAAAAUUCAUUGUUUUGUGCUAUCUUGAGUACAUUGAUAACUUGAGUACAUUGAUAACUUGAGUACAUUGAUAAGGUUAUUUGGGGAGAAAUUACACAAGAAAAAUUCAGGCAGUCUGUCUUUUUUUCUUUCUCUGAAAUAUCAUUUUAGUAACUAAGAAUCAGAUUCUAGUUAUGUGCUUGACAUGUAUACAUUCAGUUCUACACAUAUAAAAGAUUUAUUUUUCAUAUACUUACAGGUAAUAGGUAAUGUUACUCUUUGGGCAGUUAGUGGUCUUGUAUCUCAUUUGUUUUGUUUAUUCCUUAAUAUAAACUUCCUUUCUCAAUAUUUUGCAUUACUUACACCUUAAUACAUGACUUCUUGUAUGUAUUAUUAUGAUUUCUAUCUUAAUUCUUUCUGAAGUCUUACCUACUAGUCCAGGACUCUGUUACUGAAUAGAUUUUCUUGGAUAUUUUGCCUCAAAGUGCUUACCUUUUAAGACAUGUUUCUUACAUUGCUUAAUACUGUCAAGUAAUCAUUAUGAAGCACUUUGUCUAUGAGGUGCUAUAUAAAAAAGAAUAUUCAUUUGAAAAUGAACUGCCUUCUGUUUAAUUACAAAUUCGGUACCAUAUAAUAUUUAAGUUCACCUCCAACCUUUUUAUUCUACCAUAGCAUACUUUUUAAAGCAAAAAAAAA